GGAGACAAGGGAGGGAAGGUGUUCUUGAGCUGAGGGGAAGAAAAGCGCAGGAUGGGGCUAAAGUAUGGCAGCUCCAAAAUUUCUGGAGAACCUAUUUUUGAGGUCCAGUUAAUAUGGCUCUGUGGAGACAAGACUCCAGAACCAGGGUCCCCGUAACCUAAUUAGGCGGGAAUAGAGUGUGCGAAGGGCACAGAAAGGCCAGUGGCAUUUCAACCCACUAAUGAGAAGUUGUAUAGGUGAUAUAGUAUGAGAAACUACGUGAACCUCGCCUGCUCUGGGAUUUUACAUGGUUAAAGUGUGGUUUUAGGCAAUGGAUUGAGGAAGGGGAGAUGGUUUUAGGCAAUGGAUUGAGGAAGGGGAGAAAUCUCCGUAUGUCUUAGGCUGGUGGGAGGAGAUGGGAUGCCAGCCCUAAAAUUCACAUUCACUUGUCUGUGGUCUUAAAUAAUUUUGGGAAUAAUAUUCUAUUACACAUAUGUACACUUUAACUAUAUACAAUUUUUAUUUCUCAAUUACACUUCAGUAAAGCUGGGUGGAAAAAAGUUUGUGCCUUACUUCUCUGGCCUUGUGCAUAAAAGCCUGACGUAAUUAUUUAUAUGCAUUUCUAUUUUGGCCCAGAUACCUGUCAGGAGGUAGCACAAGAGAAAGAAAAUUUUCAUAAACAGAUACUGAAAUUUGUACGACUUUCAGAGAAAGAAGAUAUGUUUUCAACAUUCAAAUAUUGUGCAAUAGACUAUUUAUAUGAGAAUAUAGUUAGAAAGAAGUUUUGCAGAGAUGCUUUGUUGCUUCGAAUCCCUUCAUGUUUAUAUCAAGAUGGAAAUUAUUAUUCAGGAGUUAUUGAUAAUAAGUAUAGGAGGCCAUGGAUGAGAGCUUCAGCUGUUUCAGUGCCGGGAGUGACAGAUCUCUCAGUCUUGGAUCAAUGGAAAGCAAGUCUCUCUGUGGAGGAUUUUCUUGAGAAAAGAACAAUCACAGGAAUGGUGACCCAGAUUAACUGUGAAUUUGAGGAAGUUGUUCCAAGUUCAAACCCAAACUCCCAAAGUGAAGUAGAGGAAACCAGUUUAUACACCCAUGAGGACUACACUGAAGUCUUUACACUUGUCAGCGGUUUAGAAAAAUAUCCAGCAAUUCAAGCAGAGAAUGAAGAUUUUUCUAUUGAUGAAGAAAUAAUUUUUGUAAAUAGCUUGAUGUCCUAUAAAAGUCAGCUACCAACUUUGCAUACUCUGUUGAGUAGGCUAAAACUAUAUUUGAUAAAUGACCCCAUUUUAGAUUUCAAAGGACAGAUCUUCACAGAAGCUAAUUUCUUCAGGGAAUCUUUCUCUUUUCAAGGAGAUUUGAAAAAUUUUGUGAAAGAAGAUUUUUACAUGGAUAAAGAAAACUUUUGUCAGGAAAAACUAGAAGAUACACCAUCAAUUUUGCUUGAGUGUGAAUUCUUAAUACCUACAAGCCUCAAACAAGAAGUUGAUAUUCCAUCACUCACCAAACUAAAGGAAUCGUUAAACUUAAUGCCAGAAAUAAUAAAUUAUGUAGAUGAAAAUGAAAAGCUUUUCAAAAGAGAUCUUACUACCAAGCAUGGAAUUGGCAUUGAGGAUAUAAAAUGCAGCUCCACAGAGAUUUUGGCCAUUCAAAGCUAUGGUGAACCGGAGUACAAUCAACCAGUCGAGUUAGAAAUGCCACUAACUCAUCUAUAUCAAACAAACCAACAUUCUUCCAUGACUUCAUUAACAGGACUUCAGACAUUUCCAUUUUCUCCUAGUGAAAAAAUUAGUUUGCUUACUGCUGAAGAAUCGGCUACCGAAUACCAUAUGGUGUGGCAGUUAGAAAGCUCUUUGCAACCAUUUUUGCUUACAGUGCCAAGAGCUGAAGAGCCCAAUAGUCAAUAUUUAGUUACAGAUUUGAAAAAGAUAUUUUCUGUUGAAGAAGAAAGCCUUGUAGUUGAUCCUGUAAACCCAGAGUGGUGGGAAAAAGAAGGACUAAAUCUAAUGGAGACAGAAACUUUGGAACAUCUGAAUACAUAUUUGUGUCAUGAUGAUCUAUCUGCUGAUGAUACUAAAAUGGAGAUAUUUUUGCCUACAAAAGUACUUCAAUUUGAGUCAUGGCUAGAAUAUAAAAGUUGUUCCUCGCCUAUUGCACUUAUUAAUGAGAAAUCUACAAAUGAUCGUUUAUUGCUCCCACAAAAGAUUUCAUCUCUGGCAAAAGAAAUACCAGACCUGUGUUUUUCUGAUGACUAUAUAUCUGUUAAAAGACCAACAAAAGAAGAAAAACCAAAGAAUGAUCUAGAAUUAGUUUAUAGAAUAAGCCAAAAUAAAGAAAAUGAAGAUUACUUGGAACUUAACUGCACAGUACCAUCUAUUGAAUCAUCUUCCUCUCCAAAAAUUGAAAAAUCAUCUUUUAAACAAGGUAGAAAAUGGAAGAAUGAUUUGGACCUUUUGAAUGACUUUAUUGUACUGCGAAAUAAACAUAGAACUUGCACCUCAAAGACUGAACUCACGGGCAGUAAAGAAAAUGAUGAAUUUCAAGAUAAAGAAGAACAUUCCUUGACUCUUCAAGAAGAAAGUCCCAUCGUUUGUACUAAUAAAGCUGUAGAGAAAAUAAGUCAGGAAAGGAAAGUAGACAAGGUCAUUGAAAUUCAAGCAUCAGAUAGCCAGUGCCAAGCAUUCUGUCUCCUAGAAGCAGCAGCUACUCCUAUCUUAAAAAAACUUGUAUGCCUCUGUACUCUCCCUGCUGCUAAUUGGACAUUUGCCACUGUCAUUUUUGAUGAAACAAGAUUCCUCUUAAAGGAACAAGAAAAAGUAAUAAGUGAUGCUAUUCAGCAAGGUACGAAUGAUGAAAGAGAAAUGACAUACAAGCAUGCUGCUCUCUUACAUCUUCUGGUAACAAUUAGAGAUGUCCUUUUAACAUGCUGCUUGGACACAGCAUUGGGAUAUUUGUCAAAUGCAAAAGAUAUCUACAGAAGCAUUUUAGGCUCCUAUCUGGACAACAUUUGGAGACAGCUGGAGAUUGUACAGUUUGUUAGGGAAAAAAAGCCUGAAACCAAUUACAAGAUACAAGAACUGCGAUGCCAGAUACUAAAUUGGAUGCAGAGUGAACAGCAGAUUAAUGUGCUGAUUAUAAUAAGAAUGGACUCAGAUGGUGAGAAACAUUUACUCAUUAAAAUCCUUAACAAAAUGGAAGGUUUAACACUGACUGUCUUACAAAACAAAAGAAAUGAUUUUCUGGAAUCUGAAGGUGUUUUAAAUGGUACAAGUUCCUGUGUAGUUGCACAUAAUCAAUAUAUUGGAGCUGAUUUCCCUUGGAGUAACUUCUCAUUUGUGGUGGAAUACAAUUUUGUAGAAAACUCUUGUUGGACUAAACACUGCGAGAAAUUAAAUAUUCCUCACAUGGCCUUUAAAGUGAUUCUUCCAGACACAGUAUUAAAGAGAAGAACCUUGCUGGAUAGUUUUGGGGGCUUUCUUUUGGAAAUUCAGGUUCCAUAUGUGUUUUUUGCAUCUGAAGGACUUCUUAAUACUCCAGAAAUUCUUCAGUUGCUAGAAUCCAACUAUAAUAUCACACUAGUGGAGAGAAGCUGCAGUGAGUCACUGAAACUCUUUGGAAGUACAGAGUGUUAUGUAGUGGUGACAGUUGAUGAACACACCGCCAUAGUUUUGCAGGACCUAAAAGAAUUGAAUUGUGAGAAGGCAUCGGACAAUAUCAUUAUGAGACUGAUGGCAUUAUCAUUCCAGUACAGCUAUUGUUGGAUAAUUUUAUAUACCAAAAAAACAUUAAACUCAGAGUACCAUCUUACAGAAAAGGCACUUCAUCAUCUAGCACUGACUUAUGCAGCUUUGGUUUCAUUUGGGCUAAAAUCAGAAGAACUGGAUGUAAAGCUUGUACUUGCCCCAGGAGUGGAAGAGGCUGCACUGAUAGUCCGACAAAUUGCUGAUCACAGUUUAAUGACCUCGAAGAGAGAUCCUUAUGAAUGGUUGGAUAAAUCCUGGCUUGAAGUGUCACCAUCUAAGGAAGAAAUGUACUUACUUGACUUUCCAUGUAUUAACCCAUUGGUGGCUCAGCUCAUGUUAAAUAAAGGACCAUCACUGCACUGGAUAUUAUUAGCAACUCUUUGUCAGCUUCAGGAACUUUUACCUGAAGUUCCAGGAAAAGUCUUAAAGCAUUUUUGUAGCAUCACUUCCUUAUUCAAGAUUAGUUCUUCUUCCAUAACAAAAUCACCUCAAAUUCCAUCACCUCGGGAAAACGGGAAUCAAGCUAGUACCAUUACCUCCCAGAGUUCAGCUUGUGGCUCUUCAAACUCUGUCUUUCAAGAAUAUAAUGAAUACCAGAAUUCACACAUAGGAGCCACAGUGCACAAAGACACAAACAUCACUUCAAACUAUAACUCUUCCCUUAUGCAACUCAGAGAAAUGCCAUGCAUUUUAUCACCUGUGACUUCUUAUAAUCAGGCCAGCUACCGGAAAGACUCCAGUUGUAAUCCUAAUAUAGUACAUAAUCCUUUCCUAAUUAAUAUAGGAUCAAGGAACAUGGCUGGUAACUCCUUUCAAAACUGGAAUGAUUCAGAGUCAGAUGUUUUUUCUUUGGAUCUAACACAAAUGAACUGUGAAAAUAUAAUAUCACCAAUUGACACUCAGAAGAGAGUUGCCCCUAAUUUUAUAAAUAAUCAGAAAAAGGGAACACAUGUUGCAAAAGGACCUAUAAAUAAAGAAGUAUGUACCCCUAACUUUUCACUGGAAGGCUCUCAAUCUCCUCUUCCCUGGAACUUCAAGAAAAAUGUAUGGGAACAACAGAAUCACUCAUUCAACUCAGAAUAUGGUGAAAAGCAGACUACCUGUGACAAAUGGUACUCUCAGAAAGAUAAUUUAUUCACUAAUCAGCAGAAAUGUCUUUCGGAUGAGGUAGAAAGCUUCCUUCAUCAAAGUUCAAAUGCUGGGACUAAAAAGACUUUCUGGAGAGAAUUACCAUCUGUCCCCAGUAUGGAUUUAUUUUGCGCUUCUGAUCCUAAUGUAAAUCAAAAAGAAUUCAGCAGUCUUUAUUUCCACCAAAGAGCUGGGAAAUGUUUAGGACAGAAAAGGCACUCUGAAUCUUCAUCUAACUCAGGAGACAAAAAAUCAUUACCAGAUCUCAUGUGUUCACAACUACCACAAUUCAAAAAACGGCGUCUAGUGUAUGAAAAAGUCCCUGGUAGAGUUGAUGGACAAACUCGUCUGAGGUUUUUUUGAAAGAAAGGACAGUGUUCUGUGCCACAUUCCUUUGUUUUUGAUGAAAAUCCAGUAACAAAAUGAUAGAUUUGCUCAUUUAUUAAAGAAAAUUCUGUCGUUAGAUGUUCUUGGUGUUAUCCAUAUUAAAAUUUCAAAAUAUA